AUGACCGAUGUCCUUGGUCUCGCCUCUAUCGUCACCCUCUACCAAGCCGGUAACGGUAUCUACAACCUCUUCGAUAAGGUCCUCGUCCUCGACAACGGCAAGGAGAUGUACUACGGUCCCAUGAAGGAGGCCCGUCCUUUCAUGGAGAAGCUCGGUUUUAUCUGCUCCGACGGCGCCAACGUCGCUGAUUUCCUAACCGGUGUCACCGUUCCCACGGAAAGAGCCAUCCGUCCCGGUUUUGAGAAGACCUUUCCCCGUACCGCCACCGCCCUCCGCGCAGAGUACGAAAAGUCGGACAUCUACCCCCGCAUGAUUGCCGAGUACAAUUUCCCCACGACAGAAGCAGCCAAGGAGAAGACGAAGCUGUUCCAGCAAGGUGUUGCCAACGAGAAGCACAAGCAGCUUCCCGCCAACAGCGCCCUCACGACAAGUUUCAUGACUCAGGUUGGAGCGUGUAUUCAACGUCAGUACCAGAUCAUUUGGGGUGACAAGGCUACCUUCAUCAUCACUCAGGUGUCUACCUUGGUCCAAGCUCUGAUCGCCGGUUCUCUCUUCUACAACGCUCCCAACAACUCUGGUGGUCUGUUCUCCAAAGGUGGUGCGCUCUUCUUCGCCCUCUUGUUCAACAGUUUGCUGUCCAUGUCCGAAGUCACCAAUUCUUUCACCGGCCGCCCUGUGCUUAUCAAGCACAAGUCUUUUGCCUACUACCACCCCGCCGCGUUCUGUAUCGCCCAGGUCGCCGCCGAUAUCCCGGUCCUGAUAUUCCAAGUCUCGGUCUUCUCCGUGGUUUUAUACUUCAUGGUUGGGCUCAAACUGAGCGCAUCAGCUUUCUUCACAUUCUGGGUAGUCGUUUUCGCAACUACUAUGUGUAUGACCGCGAUGUUCCGUUCCAUCGGUGCCAGUUUCUCGACAUUCGACGGCGCUUCGAAGGCAUCCGGUUUCAUCGUUUCCGCGACGAUUAUGUACUGCGGUUACAUGAUUCAAUACGGCCAAAUGCAUCCAUGGAUUAACCCCUUGGCUUAUGCUUUCGACUCUCUCAUGUCGACCGAGUUCUAUGGCCAGCUUCUCCCCUGCGUUGGCAAUAACCUUGUCCCGAACGGACCCGGCUACACUGACCCCAACCACCAGUCCUGCGCUGGAGUUCCCGGUGCCACUCAAGGCCAGACCUCCUUUAUGGGUGAUCAGUACCUUUCAGCCCUCUCUUACUCUCACAGCCAUGUAUGGCGCAACUUCGGCAUUGUCUGGGCCUGGUGGGUGCUUUUUAUCGCUCUCACGGUCAUCUUCACGUCGCGCUGGCGUUCCGCCGCCGAGGGUGGUGCUUCUCUCCUGAUUCCCCGCGAGAACGCCAAGGUCACCUCAGCUCUGAAGAAUGAUGAGGAAGCUCAGACUACCGAAGAAGCUUCGGGCAACAAGAGCGACAACGAGAAGCGUGAUGCCAACGGCAACACCAGUGGAGAUGAGACCGACCAGAACCUCGUCCGCAACACCUCCAUCUUUACUUGGAAGAACCUGACCUACACUGUCAAGACUCCCUCCGGAGACCGCAAGCUUUUGGACAACGUUCAAGGAUACGUUAAGCCUGGCAUGUUGGGAGCUUUGAUGGGUUCCUCUGGUGCUGGAAAGACCACCCUACUCGACGUCCUCGCCCAACGCAAGACAGAAGGUACCAUCCACGGAUCCAUCAUGGUCGACGGUCGCCCCCUCCCUGUUUCCUUCCAACGUUCCGCCGGAUACUGCGAGCAGCUCGACGUUCACGAACCCUACGCCACCGUCAGAGAAGCCCUCGAGUUCUCAGCUCUCCUCAGACAGAGCCGUGACACCUCCCGCGAGGAGAAGCUCGCCUACGUUGACACCAUCAUUGAUCUUUUGGAGCUUCACGACCUGGCCGAUACGCUCAUUGGAAAGGUCGGUAACGGCUUGUCCGUCGAGCAGCGCAAGCGUGUCACGAUCGGUGUCGAACUCGUCUCCAAGCCCAGCAUCUUGAUCUUCCUUGAUGAGCCUACCUCAGGUCUCGAUGGACAGUCCGCCUACAAUACCGUUCGCUUCCUUCGCAAGCUUGCGAAUGCAGGCCAGGCCGUUCUCGUCACGAUCCAUCAGCCUUCUGCCCAGCUCUUUUCCCAGUUCGACACCCUGCUCCUUCUCGCCAAGGGCGGCAAGACUGUCUACUUCGGCGACAUUGGCGACAACGCAAAGACGAUCCGCUCCUACUUUGGUCGAUACGGUGCCCCCUGCCCCGAGGAGGCCAACCCUGCUGAGCACAUGAUCGACGUCGUCUCUGGCCACCUGUCCAAGGGCAAGGACUGGAACGAGGUUUGGUUGUCUUCUCCUGAGCAUGAGGCCGUUGUCAAGGAACUCGACCACAUGAUCCAAGACGCUGCCUCCAAGCCUCCUGGCACCGUGGACGAUGGUCACGAGUUUGCUCUUUCCCUCUGGGACCAGACCAAGAUCGUCACCCAUCGCAUGAACGUGUCCCUCUACCGCAACAUCGACUACGUCAACAACAAGUUCGCUCUUCACAUUUUCUCUGCCCUCUUCAACGGUUUCUCCUUCUGGAUGAUUGGUGACUCCGUUGGCGACCUCCAGAUGCGUCUCUUCACGAUCUUCAACUUCAUCUUCGUCGCUCCUGGUGUAUUGGCUCAAGUUCAACCUCUCUUCAUCGACCGCCGCGACAUCUUCGAGACUCGUGAGAAGAAGUCCAAGAUGUACUCCUGGGUUGCCUUCGUCACUGGACUCAUCGUAUCUGAGAUCCCGUACCUCAUCAUCUGCGCCGUGCUCUACUACGUCUGCUGGUACUACACUGUCGGAUUCCCCUCUGAGUCUUCCCGCGCCGGAUCCACCUUCUUCGUCAUGCUCAUGUACGAGUUUGUGUAUACUGGUAUCGGUCAGUUCAUCGCCGCCUACGCACCCAACGCCGUCUUUGCCUCCCUGGUCAACCCGCUGCUCAUCGGAGUCCUGGUUUCGUUCUGCGGUGUUCUCGUGCCAUACGAUCAACUCCAAACCUUCUGGAAGUACUGGAUGUACUGGCUCAACCCCUUCAACUACCUAAUGGGCAGCAUGCUUGUUUUCGACAUCUGGGGCACGGAAGUCACCUGCAAGGAAAGGGAGUUCGCCCUUUUCGAUCCCCCCAACGGCACCACCUGCGCCAACUACCUGGCCGAGUACAUGAUGGGCAUGGGCUCCUCCAGCAAUCUCAUCAACCCCGACGCCACUUCCGGAUGCAAGGUCUGCCAGUACCGCGACGGCAGCGACUACCUGCAGACCGUGAACCUCAAGGAGUACUACUAUGGCUGGCGCGAUGCUGCCAUCGUCGUCAUCUUCGCCAUCAGCUCUUACGCCUUGGUCUACCUCCUCAUGAAGCUCCGUACCAAGACGUCCAAGAAGGCGGAGUGA